UCAUUCCGAUAGAGCAGCGUUCACAGCAGAGAGGAAGAUCUCAGCACAGUGUUUAACAUGAAAAAGAAAGACGUGUAGGAAGAGAACGCAUCGAGGAGUAAUAAUUAUAUAAAUGACCUAAGCCUAUUAUUUUUAAACAGCGAUCAAAGAAGCUCGGAACAAUACAAGAGUAUUACGAUGUAAGAAGAUUUUUGUGGACAUCUUGUGGAAAUUAAGUAUGUAAAAUUUGAAAUGCGACGGCAUUUGAAACUACAGGGUACUUGAAACUACAGCAAAGAAGUGUGAUCAUGGAGAAAAAUACGACAAAUGACACAAUCAAUUAUUAUCCUGAUAUACGCGUGUAUGCAUCGGGCGUAUGUUUUAUAAUCAUGGCUUUUUUCAACGUCAUAAUAAACUGGACUAUAAUGCGCGAGGAGCGACUCCGGGGGCACGCGCGCUUCGUCCUCAUCUUUCACCUUUUAUUUUCGGCGCUCGUCUAUUUUGCUGUAUGCUCUGCUUUCUACCUGCAGAUCUACCUUCAGUUAGAAACCUCUGCCGCUGCCUGCAGGACCGUUAUAACAAUUCUUAUCUCCAGCGCUUCCAACAUCCUUCUCACCCUUACCGCCAUGGCCCUGGACCGCUACUACGCCGUAUGUUUCCCGCUGAAAUACAGUUCCACAUGCUCGUGGCAGUGGCCGUGGCUCACCGGACUGCUGACUUGGGGUUUGGCGCUGAUCAUCCCCCUGAGUCUUUUCUUUAAGUUAGAUGAUAUCGAUUAUGCUCGAUGCGACAGAGAGCAUCUAAGGAAAGGCGAGAUUCACAAAAUACUUUUAAUAACUACUUGCUUAGCUGUGAUCAUCUUCAGCUAUAUCAGGACUUUUCAAGAGAGCCGACGUCUGGGAGUGCUGAACCGGCGCAACAGCGUCGCCUGCAAAACUAUCGCCCUGCACGGCACCCAGCUCGCUGUCUAUCUACUCCCAAACUUUGUGAACUUCUUGUUGCACAGCCUGGAGAGGAACAAAUACCUGGAACGCCGGGACAAAGAGUUGUAUGGAGUGGUCAUCUUCGCCUUCUGUAGCCUGGCACAGUGCAUCGCCCCCAUUGUGUAUGGGUUGCGCAACGAUGAGCUGCUGGAGGACAUGCAUCGGCGAUUCCCUCAGCUGUGGUGCAACUUAAAGAGCCUCGUGGAAUGGACCGUGCGGACCACGCAGGUCAGGGUGCAGUCCCAAGCAAGGGAAAAGGCCAUUGCUUCGGAGACUCUCAUCUCAAUACCGCCUCCUGCAACACCUGUAUGACUGGAAAGAUGGCACAUGAGGAAAUGGGGAAAAGAAAACACAGCGUGAUGAACAUAUCCCAGGAUAGCGAGAUGUACACCAGAGGGUACGGAUCCUUACCGCCGGGCGAGCAUGUGUCCCAAGCUGAGGAGGCCGCUGUUAGCCCUAGAGACCCGCUGGCCCGGGCAAGAUGACCCAGCCAGGAAACAGUGACCAGGCACUGGACCGGUUCAUGGAGUUCUCUCUACGUUCGAGUACAUGGGGAGUUAUGCUGCGCGGAAGGGCCCCUCGUUGGACGGAUAACUGGAUGUAGCCAGUUUUUGGAUGACAGCCAAACUCAAAACUCAAAUAUGUGAAAUGUUAUGUAUUAUUCCAAGGUCAACCUGAGAUCUUUCCUGCAUUUAUGGACAACUACACACUUAAGUCUGUAUAUGUUGGAAUACAUUCACUGUGUCAUAUUUAUGCAGUAUUUUUUGUAUUUAGUAUUACAAUAAAAUGUCUCAUAAAUUAGUUAUA